AUGGACCCCCUCAUUACAAAUCCUAUCUCUGAAACGACCGCCGUCCUCGACCAGUGUGCUCAUACGGCGUGUGGCUUGGGCUCUCUCAGUGACUUAGUCACCCCUUCCUCGCUUAGGACUGAGCUAUCGGGCUUUUACCGCGAACACGCGGAGUCACCCGCGGCAGUCUCAUCGCUCCGCUUGCGCGAGGCUUUAGACGUCGUAUUCGUUCUUUCUGCUGGUACCUCAGGUAUCGCGGUGUCGCAGUUGCAGACUCUAUGUGAAUAUCUUGUGGUCGAGCAGACUGCAUUAAUAACUUAUACUCAAUCUCGGGACAUCGACCUCAUUCGGAGGCUCAUGAACGACACGCAAGACAUCAGUUCAACGGAUAGAAUGCGUAUGCUUUGGGAUGCGCUUAUAAGCUCUCAACGUGAAUCCCAUAGUGAGCUCGAGCAGGAUGAGCUCGGUCCUUUGCAGUGGUGGCUCGCCGUCGAUGCGCUCAUAAGCGGUCAAACAUUGCGCCGGCAUGACAUUCACUGCGGUGUUUUGCGUAAAUCUGCGGAGCGGCACGGCUGGGCGUCUCCGAGUUCGCCUCCUGUAGAGCUUGCUCCCGCCGCAAGCCGGCGAUCUGCAAUGUCGUCGAUGGCGGGGGACGCAACUGUCGUAGCUCGAAGGACAUUUGUGUCGCCUUGGCUCGCCCCUCCUGGCUUCAACGCGGAGAUUUCUUGGCGCAUCACAGACCACAACAAGCUUCUCGAGGAGCUCUUAACAUGGCCUCGGGGGCGACCCAUCCCAGAGGCUUUGAUAUGGGAGCACCCAGCCAUGCAUGGAUGUCUCGUGGAUACAAGUGGACAUGCAAUCCAGUUUCAGGCAGGUCGCACAGGCAUAUGA